AUGUGUGAGACAGAGGAACGAGACGAGGUGGUAGUGUGUGAGUUGUGUGAGGCUAGCGUUGCCAACUUCAACCAGCACAUGAAGAAGAGCCACCCUGGCUGCGGGCGCAGCGCCAACCGACAGGGUUACCGGAGCAACGGCUCCUACGUAGACGGGUGGUUCGGAGGGGAGUGUGGCAGCGGGAACCCCUACUACCUCCUCUGUGGUAGCUGUCGGGACAAACACCUGGCGGUUAAGAGUAAAACCACAGUCCCCGUGACGGAGAGGUAUAAAGGACUGGCCCCGGACCUCCUGGGGAAGCAGGACAGUGUCUAUGAAGAGGAAUGGGACAUGCUGGAUGUUGAUGAGGAUGAGAGGUUAACUGGGGACGAGGAGUUUGAGCUGCUGGCGGGACCGUUGGGUCUGAGCGAGCGCCGGGUCGUCCCAGAGGCCGUCCAGUUCCCCGACAGUGACCCCCUGGGAGCGUCCGUAGCCAUGGUGACCGCCACCAACAGCAUGGAGGAGACUCUGCUGCAGAUAGGCUGCCAGGGCGCGGUGGAGAACAGUUCCUCGGGCAGGGUGACUCUGGGGGAGCAGGCCGCAGCGCUGGAGAACCCCCACGACAGGGUCAUGGCUCUGAGGAGAGUGACCUCUGCAGCGCAGGUCCUCCUGGCCAGGACCAUGGUGAUGAGAGCCCUGUCUCUACUCUCUGUCAGUGGUUCUAGCUGCAGCCUGGCAGCAGGGUUGGAGUCUCUGGGUCUGACAGACAUCAGGACCCUGGUCAGACUGAUGUGUCUGGCUGCAGCGGGGCGAGCCGGCCUCUCCACCAGCCCCACAUCUGGAUCAGGGGCCUCAGAGCGGCCCCGCGGGGCCACCAAGGCCAGCAAACCUAUCUCCUGUCUGGCCUAUCUCAGUACGGCUGUGGGUUGUCUGGCCUCCAACAGCCCCAACGCUGCCAAGCUGCUGGUCCAGCUCUGCACACAGGUAACAACAGAUACACAACUCAGACUCACACAAAGAUAAUAGACUGGAAGAGAA